CGGUGUGUGAGACUAUAGCGUCGAAUAGUGGGAUUUUUCGUGAAUGAUUAAUUUGAUUAAUGAUCUGCGACGACGUGGCCAUCUUGCCUGAACGAGGCGCGAGGGAAAGUCAGUAAAUAGGUCACAGACGGGAAGUAGAACAGCUGUAACGGACGGAAAGGCGAGACCACGCCAAGGGAACUGGAAACCGCAACGCAACCGCAACUUCCGAGAAUUGUUAUCAGAGUUGAACGCGCGGAACACAGUGGAGGAGCGCAAAUUGAGGAAACGACAAGGCAACUCGGCAGGAGACAACAGAGCAAGCCAGUCUUCAUGCAAUUGCUUUGCAGAGUGGUUUCCUAGUGUCAGAUGUUCUAUAACUCGCUUCAGUCGUUCAUUUGUUUCUUCAAGAUGGCACAAAGGGUUGACGAAGCUUCUAAUCUUGUGUUUGUACAGUUGAUUGAGCAAGAGCCCGGUAUAUAUGACAAACGUCACCCAGACUAUGCUAGGCGGGACACAACGGAUUCGGCUUGGGAAAGAAUUUCUCAUGAGACGAAGGAAUCUGUCACAGCUUGUAAGAAGAGAUGGAAACACAUAAGAACAGUAUUCGUCCGCCAUUUGCAUGACGAGACAUCUUCAGGGUCGUCUGCUACCAAAAAGCGUCAAUAUUAUCUUCACGACGCACUGCAGUUCAUGAUUCCUCACAUAACGAAAAACAGGCACCACGAAAGCAAUAUUGCAGCUCCACACACUGAAGAAGGCACAGCAUUCUGUGGAGAAACCGAAGAAGAGGUUAAAGAAGCGUCGGGAAACAUCACACCAUCGAACAGUCCUACCGUGAUACAAGCUUCUUGUCGUCAGAGCAAUCGUGACGAAUGUAAGCAGCCGUUACUUGGCAAACGACGUCGGCUAACCGCCUUGGAUCAGGUUGAUACGAGCUUCAUGAACUACGUGAACCAAGACACGCAGUCGACAAUUCCAGACCCAGAUGCACAAUUUUUACACAGCCUACUCCCAGACAUGAAAUUAAUGACCCCUAAGCAGAAACGUGCUUUUAAAAUUGGAGCUCUGAAUUUAAUGAAUGAGAUACUGGAAGAUGCCGGAAGUGACCAGCAAUCUUCCACGGAUUAAGCGAAACAUCCACUGUUUCUCUCUUCAAGAAGUAAUUGGCACGCAUGACAGAUACUGAUUGUAACUAACAGUGUAAAGCAGUGGUACUGUAUUUUUUUUAGAUAUCUGCAGAAUUUGUAUAUCGAUAAAAAGAUAAACUUUCCUUACGUGAGAGUAAUCAGUAGUCAUUCUUCUGCUGGCACGGCUGUACGAAAUUUUGUAUAUUUUCUUCUAAUUUGAGGUCCUACAACAUCCGCUA